GUAUAGGGAAAAGCGACAUUUCUCAGUCGCAGAUUUUUAGACCUACUGGGGAGUAAUAUCGUUACAUCUGUAUGCUUAAAGAUGUACGGUACAGAAUUUAAGUGGAUCAUCAUUCAAAUGAUUAUAACAGUCAACUUGUACCGAACUACGGAAUCUACGGGACUAGAAAAGAUUUUGUUAACUAAUGAUGUCGAGAAUAAGAUUUAUACAUCAAGUUUUUCGGCAACUGGUCCUACAUCAUUGACUGAAGUAACUUUUGAAGGUUCUAUCGGCAGGCCAAUUGCAAUAGACUAUGACCCAGUGCAAGGCUUCCUUUACUGGACUGAUGCCAAAUUAACAAAAAUACACAGAGCCCGAUACAAUGGAACUGAUCACGAGACCUUUAUGGAUGAAAUCAGUAAACUAGAUGCAAUACAUGCUUCAACGGUAGUGAACGUGUGUGAUAUGAUCACACGUAGCAGGACAGGGCCAUAUUUAAAUCCGAUUAUAUCAACCAAUACUUUGCAUUCUUGCACAUGCACCGUUAGACCACGGAGAUGGAUAUUCUGGAGUGAUUCUGGAACUGACAGGAUAGAGCGUGUCAAUAUGGACGGUUCUAAUCGAAAGAUCAUCAUAGGAUCUGGUUUACAGGCACCAUAUGCCAUCGCCGUCGAUCCAGCAGGUAUAUUAUAUUGGUGCGAUUCAGAUAACGAGACAUUUGAAAAAUCAGAUUUGUUGGGUAAUUUCCGAGAAACACUCAAUGGCGUUUAUGAUACAGUUGGUAGUUGUUUUUCUAUAGCGAUACAUGCCGAGUAUUUAUACUGGACAGACAAUAAGGUUGGUCUGAAACGAUUUAACCGAUACAAGAUUAGUGAUGGUACAGAGUAUGUAGACUUGAAUCUGGGAACUAGAGGAUUACAUAUUUACCAAGUGGAUGAAUGUGCUAGUACUCCUUGCCAAAACAACGGUACAUGUAACUCGUUCCAAUGCACUUGUCCGGAAGGAUUUACAGGAACUCACUGUGAAGAAGAAGUGGAUGAGUGUGCAAGUAGUCCUUGCCAAAACAACAGUACAUGUUAUGACUUAUUUAACUCGUUCCAAUGCACUUGUCCGGAAGGAUUUACAGGAACUCUCUGUGGAGAAGAUUACAAAAGUUCACCAUCAGUCCAUCUUUACCUUAUAGCGUUAAUAACUGUUUGUGCUCUUGUUCUAGUGAUUUUACCAGCAUUGAUCUACUUCUGCAGGUUUUAUUAUUCUCAGAAGGACAAGAGAAAUAAGAUUACAAAUGGAAUGAACAUGGAUGACUAUGUAACAACAAUACCAACAACGGCAAAUGCACUUGCUAAUAGAGAGUUUGAAUGCAGAUUACCUGCAAUUGAAGAUAGACAUGCAACGCCUGAAUUGGAAUCCCAGAUGAGCGUUAAUUUAGCCUAUGGAGAUUCACAAAUAUACAUGUCAGUUGAGUCAUUAUAAACUUUGUAGCAUACUUAGUCGUAUGCUACAAAGAAGACAAAUCAAUAUUUAUUUUAGAUAUGAUUGCUUGCGGACGUUAUCCAGUUUGAAAAACAAUGGGGUUUUUUUCUGCCUACACUUAUUUUAGUUCAUAAAUACAAUCAAAAUGAUUUUAUGCUGUAUUUGUAUUUAACAAUGUUUUUUUUUCUGCGUAAACUCAUUUUAGUUCAUAAAUAAAAUCAAAAUGAUAUUAUGCUGUAUUUGUAUUUAAUAUGAACUUGAAUUAAGCCUAGGUGAAAUUUACGUGUAUUUAAGUUGAUAUUACUUUUAAGUUUUUCUAUGUCAUGUUCAUUAUUAAACAUAAGGCAAACAAUUUAUACAAAUAAUAUUGAUAGCUUUUAGAAAAGCUAGGCACAAAAUGUGUACAUUAAUUUAAAGAAAUGUUGGCACUCUCCUCAUUAAAUUUAAAAAAAAUAUAGAGUUCGCCCUCCAAUUUGAGAUCACCUUUGGGACCUUGAAAGUUGAGGUAGUAUCAUCGGGAGGGGGUCUAGCAUUGCGAGCGCAGUGAGUAACUAGGCUCGGGGCCAGCAGCCGAAGGCGCCGGAAAAUUUGCUUAAUUUUACGUGAUAUAAAUUGAGAGGUUUCACCAUGUUAAUUUCUGAAACCUUUAAAAAUUACAAAAAACAGGAAACAUUAAAAAAAAAAAAAAAAAAAA